UUUUCUCAAUUGCAAUUGUCCUCUCAUUCAUCUUACCAACUACCCCUCUACACCCCUACCCCUCCGCAUAUCUACCCACAGCACCAUGUCGUCCUCCAACCUCUUCAAGCCUCUCAAACUAGGCAAGGUGGAGCUACAGAACCGCAUUGUUCUCGCACCACUCACUCGAUUCCGUGCAGACGCCGCCCAUGUUCCCCUACCUUUCGUCCCCGAAUACUACGCACAAAGAGGUUCCGUACCAGGCACACUCCUGAUCACCGAAGCUACAUUCAUCGCUCCCAAAGCAGGCGGGUACGGAAACGCACCUGGCAUCUAUUCAGAAGAGCAGAUCGCUUCAUGGAAGAAAGUGACCGAUGCCGUCCACGCAAGGGGCUCGUUCAUCUACCUGCAACUCUGGGCCUUGGGUCGUGCAGCCGAUCCCGGACAGCUGAAGAAGGAGUUGGGACAAGAUGCCGAAGUCAAGAGCUCUGAUAAUGUUCCUUUUGAGGGCGGCGCUACACCCACGCCGUUGACGGAGGAGGAGAUCAAGGAGUAUAUUGGGCUGUAUGCUCAGGCGGCGAAGAACUCGAUAGAGGCUGGCUUUGAUGGCGUGGAGAUUCAUGGUGCAAAUGGGUAUCUGGUUGAUCAGUUCACGCAAGAUAAUUCCAAUAACAGGACGGAUGCUUGGGGUGGAAGUGUGGAGAAGAGAGCCAGGUUUGGCAUUGAGGUUGCGAAGGCUGUUGUUGAAGCUGUUGGUGCCGACAGGACUGGUAUUCGUCUCAGUCCCUUCUCGACGUUCCAGGGCAUGAAGAUGAAGGAUCCCAAGCCGCAAUUCUCGUAUCUAGCGCAGGAGCUGAAGAAGCUGAAGUUGGCGUAUAUCCACGUCGUUGAGUCGAGGAUAUCUGGAAACGCUGAUGUGGAGACCACGGAGAAGAUCGACUUCUUGCUUGAUCUCUGGGACAAUCAGAGCCCAGUCUUGAUCGCUGGUGGUUUCAAGCAGGACUCUGCCAGAAGGGCUGCUGAUGAGGAGUACAAAGACAAGAACGUGCUUGUCGUUUUCGGAAGAUAUUUCAUUUCGAACCCGGAUUUGGUGUUUAGAGUUGAGAAGGGGAUUGAUUUCACGCCGUAUGAUAGAGAGAAGUUCUACAACAAGGGUCAGAAAGAGGGGUAUAUUACUUGGCCGUUUAGCAAGGAAUUUGAGGCGCAGGCGCCGAAGUUGUAGAUGAUGGAGAGAGAGAGAGAGACCUUUUAGAAUAGACCGAUAGACCGAAUACCAUAGAGAAAUUCACUUGAGC